AGUACUCGUAUAUCCAAACCUGGCUGCUUUUACUUCCCAUUACACAGCUCGUCUGCGGAGGAGCUGUGGAAAAGCUGAGGAAUACUAAUUCACAUUGGUGCUCGGGUGAGAAGAAGGAGAAGGAGAAGGAGAAGCCUCCGCCGCAGUGCUUUGGAGAGAGAGAGAGAGAGAGAGAGAGAGAGAGAGAGCCGCUCUCCACCUCUGAGACAUCUCCGUCAUGUGAUUGUCCUUUCCUGCCAGUCUUUAGCUUAGCUUCUUUUUUUUAAUUAUUUUUUUUAACCCCUUCUUUUUGCAUUUCUGCUUCGUGUAGAAAGACAAAGUGUACAGCAAAAAAAAGAGAACCUGUGCUUUCUGAAAUGGUGGAUUUGCUCCGAGAGAUUUGAAGGAAGGAAGGAAGGAAAGGGGACAACACGACGUGCAAGGGAGUUUGUUUGUUUGUUUCUUUGCAGAAGAAACAGAAGACAUCGGGGUGAAGAAUAACCAUCACGACAAUACUGGGACAUUUUAUUUUGUGUGUGCGCGUGCGUGCGUGCGUGUGUGUGUGUGUGUGCGCGCGCGUGUGUUUCGCAGCGAAGACACACCGAAGGCAUUUGGCACGAGCUUCGGAACGGUCUCAGAGGCAACCUCUAACAAUGGGAUUUCAGGAGUACUGAAGAGAUUCUGACAAAAGGCAAGGAAACAGAGAAAGCAGCGAGAACAAAAGAAGAGGCUUGCCUGGGAGCUGGGGGCGCUUCUAAAAAAACAAGAAAAGGAUCCGUUCUUUGGGCCUCGGCAGGGGGUGUGCAUGCUGCCCCCUCAACUGGACAUUCUUCUUUGUGCCAGAGUGAGACAACAAAAGCAAGUAUGCGCAAUAAACUGAGCAAGUUCCGGGAUGCAGGCUGCUGGCGCAUGCUGGGGCUGGGGAGCAGGACUAUAGCGCUGCUCCUACUGACAGUCAUGCUGCUGGCAGGAGCUCAGGCGUCAUCACCCCAGGGAACCUUGGAGGUGCUGGGGGACAUGGCACAGCUGGAGGCCUCCAUGCACUCUGCGGUGCUCUCUGACCUCCAGGAGGCGCAAGCGGUAGUGUCGGCCGUGGCGCAACCGAGCGGCUUCCCCGAUUCCUCCGCGGUAGUGGGAAGGAUGUUCCAGAUGCAGAUCCCCACAAAAGCCAAGGAUUCUGGGAGCAAAGUUACGAUUACAGAGGCAGGAAAAGAUACACUACCAUCAUGGUUGCACUGGGAACCAGUGAGCAGCACCCUUCAAGGACUUCCUUUGGAGGUAGACAAGGGUGUCCACUAUAUAUCAGUGUCUGUUGCUAAUGCAAGCCAUGUGUCGCAGAGUCCUGAUGUGUUUUCCAUUGAGGUUCAUCCAGAGGAACAUGCUGACACAGACCCUGUUCAGUUAACAAUCCAGUUAACUGACAAUGAUUCUCAGCAUUUUGUCUGUGGCAACGAAGAGCCCGUUACUGUGCUUACAGUCAUUUUGGAUGCAGACCUCACCAAAAUGAGCUCCAAACAGAGAGUUGAGCUUUUGGCCAGCAUGAAAAAAUUCUCGGGAGUAGGACUUCAGCAUAUGAAGGUCUUGCCCGUUGUCAACAAUCGCUUAUUUGAUAUGUCUGCCUUUAUGGCUGGGCCAGGAAAUGCCAAAAAAGUCGUAGAAAAUGGUGCUUUAUUGUCCUGGAAACUUGGCUGUGCUUUGGAUCAAAGCAACAUUCCCAACAUCAGCAGCGUUCAAGUUCCAGCAAAGGAAGGGACAAUGUCAGCCCAUUUGGGAUAUCCAGUGGUGGGAUGGUACAUCGCUAACAAAAAGCCACAUGUACCUAAACGAGUACGGCGGCAACUUAAUACCCCCACCCCUGUGCCCUCCUUGCUUCCUCCAACAACAUACCCCGAGCCAUCAAGCCGCAUUGUGCCCACUCCUACAUCCCGGUUAAUUGGACCAACAUCAGACAGUUCUUCACAACCUGUUCGGGGCCCUGUUCCACUGCCUGUGAAACCUACUAUUCGCACCAGAGAUCCGAUUGCUCAUACUCCCACAAUAGGACCCCCUCAGCCCACAAAAAUUAUGGACACUACCAGCACUAUGCCAAUCCAACCCACAGUAACCAGGCCAAUUUAUGUUGGGCCUUCUGUAACACCACCAACACCGACCACCAAGAAACCAACAAAAAAGCCCAGGAAACCCAAGACCACCCCAGUCCCGAAGGAACCGAAGACGACCACAGCCAAGCCACCCAGAAGUACCACCUCCUCGGUUAUACACGAUGGCAAUACAAGACCAGAGCUGCGGAACCCAAUUGAUCAAGUCAAGUCAUUCAUUGGCACAUACUUUGAGGUGAAAAUCCCAUCUGACACAUUCUUUGAUCGAGAGGAUGGAACAACAGACAAGUUAAGAUUAACUUUGAGGAAGAACGCUGAUGUUGUUGGUGAAGAUUCCUGGAUUCAGUUCAACAGCACAAGCCAGUUGCUUUAUGGAUUACCAGACUGGCAGCAUGAGGGCAAGCACGAAUACUUUAUGCAGGCAGCUGACAAAGGUGGUCUCUACACAACAGACGCCUUUGAGGUCCGUGUCAGUCGCUUUGGAAAUAACGUUAAGCCCCCAGUCCUGUUUGCUGCUCGAUUCCAGGGAGAUCCUCGUUCAGUUACCAAUGAUAUCCACAAGAAGAUCCUUCUUGUCAAGAAAUUGGCCUAUUCGUUUGGCGAUCGCAAUUCUAGUUCAAUUACACUGAAAAAUAUUACCAAGGGAUCCAUUGUAAUCGAGUGGACCAACAGCAGCCUCCAACAAAGCCCAUGUCCCAAGGAGCAAAUUCAGGCCAUGAGUCGAAGGAUCUCCGAUGCUGAAGGCAAACCUUCGCCGAUAUUCAACAAUGCCAUGGAGCCAGACUUCAGACCCAUGAACAUCACUAUCAAAGGAACGGGUAGCUGCCGCAACUACUUAUUUGUUCCACCAGGUGAGAUCCCAGACCCCGUUCCACCUGCUGUUACACCAGCUGUUGGAGCCGGUCGACAGAGCAAUGACGAUGUAUAUCUUCACACGGUCAUACCGGCUGUGGUGGUUGCAGCGAUCCUGUUGAUUGCAGGCAUCAUUGCUAUGAUUUGCUAUCGCAAGAAGCGCAAGGGGAAACUUACCAUUGAAGACCAAGCAACCUUCAUUAAAAAAGGAGUUCCCAUCAUUUUUGCAGAUGAACUCGAUGACUCUAAGCCACCUCCAUCUUCUAGCAUGCCCCUUAUCCUUCAAGAGGAAAAACCUCCUCUCCCACCACCAGAGUAUCCCAAUAUGGCCAGUCCAGAGACCACACCUCUGAACCAAGACAUUUUGGGAGAGUAUUCAGGCCUACAAGAUGAGGACCCCAAUGCCCCUCCUUACCAGCCUCCACCCCCUUUCUCUGCUCCCAUGGAGGGUAAAGGGUCUCGCCCUAAGAACAUGACCCCGUACAGAUCACCACCUCCAUAUGUGCCACCCUAAUGUUUAUAGAUCCCUCCAGUGUGGAGGACAGGGAACUUGUGCAGUUCCAAAACCAGUGUUGUCUCUGCAUUUUUUGGAAAUCGGAGGGGCAUUACAAUAUGAGACAUUGGAUCGGGCGGGUUGGGAUGAUUUUGAUAAAACUGGACUCUUUUUUUUUUUUUUUUUUUUUCUUUCUUUCUUUCUUUUUUUCUUCUCUCCAUUGGAGUGGUGAUGAUGGGGGUAUAAUUAUAUAAUCCUCAAAGACAGCACCAACAACCUCAGCCUCAGGCUGUCUGGCUACUGCUGAUCAGUUGGAAGAUGCACCCUCCGAUCCUAGCGCUUUUGUGUCUAGAUGGGCUUUUCUUUUUUUUUGUUUGUUUGUUUGUUUGUUUUAUCAUUUGUAUUUCUUUUCGACUUAUUUCAAAAUCAAACUACUUGCCUAACAGCACUCUUUUUAUCUUCUGAACUCUUUGAAUAAUACAUAAAGACAAUAAGAAAAAGUGACUGCAGGUGCAAGUGUUUCAUAGUGACAUUCUACAAAUAAAGAAAAAAAAAACUUGACCUAGAGGUACAGUUGUGCAGACAAUUAUGGGCUUGUUUGAUUCAAUAAGGUUUGCCUUUUAACAUUAAUUGUACUGUUUUUACCCUUAUUCACAUGUCUAGUAAAGAUGAGCAUAAUAAAGGUAGCCAAAAACCUUCAGAGGGAUAGAACCUUUUUUUUUCUUUUUUUUUUUUAAUCCACUGUAAAUUUGAGGGUUGCUAGAUUUCUUUUUUGUUUUUGUUCGUUUUUUUUUAAUUCGUUUUCUAUUUUUUUUUUUUUUUUUUUUGGUGGGUGUCAAACAACACUUAAAAAAAAAAAAAAAAAAACGUAUCGUAUCCCUACGUAAUGGAAACGAGUUAUGCUAUGGAUGUUCUGGAUAAAUGUUUGAGGAUGUGUUUUUCUGUCCCUAUAGAGAUUCAUGCCAGACCUAGACAUGGAGAAAAUGUGCCAUUCUAAUUUUGAUCUUUCUUUCUUUCUAAUUUUAUUAUUAUUAUUAUUUUUUUUUUUUUUUUUUUUUUUUUUAAUGCUCGAAAUUACUGGGUUUUAUGGCCGUUUCGGUUUAUCGUAAGGAUAUUAUGGCAUGAUGUAGCUGCUGUACUUUCAAGGAAACGUAAAAAUGGGUAGAGUCGUUAUACCUACAUGUCACAGCAGGCAUUCGCUACUCCUUUCCCCAUUUAGUACUGAUACGGUUUCCAUUAAAUGAUUUGAAAGACGCGCAGUCUAGCUUCACUUUUCGAAUGAUUUGAUCCUGUUUCACGGUUUCUUUUUGUUUGUAUUUUUUCUUCUUUUUUUUUUUUUUUUACUUUUCAAUAAUGAUUAUCGAGUGUAUGCCUUGACUCAAAAAUAACUGAAAAUAAAGACUGAAUAUUUUAAUAAAGAAUCAUUCUCUAAACAAUGGCAUCAUUUAUUAAAUGCAACACUGAUCAUGUCGGGUUUUUUGCCUUGGCAGCGAUGCAGCAAGUGUCUUCUGUAUAAAUAGUGUCUUUCUGCCUGUGGAUAUAACUGUAUUUAUAGUCCAGAAGUGUGUGCAUUGAAAUAUGGCAGGGGGCGAGGGGAAAAAACAAGUCUAGUCCUAGACAAAGAGGUAAGUAUAUCAAAUGUCUGUAGUGAACUUUUCCUUAAUUUAGUUUAUCAUCAGAAAUUAUAUAUAUAUAUAUAUAUGCGUCUAAUUUUUUAAAACUUUUUGAUACAGUUUUAUUAAAAACAAUAAUGUAUUGUAUUUUGUAACCAUCUUUGGAGAGUGCAGGACAGUAUAGAUUUACAUAUAAAACCCCUUAUAUGUAUAGAUAUGUAGCCUGAUUUUAUUUUCAUUGCUGUGUUCUUGUUAUAAUCUGUUAUGUGCUUCCAUAUCCUUUCGAUUCGUUUUCAUGACUUUGAUCAUUCGAUCACAUUAGCGGUGUUCUUUAUGCUAAGAUUUACCCGCAUGGCCUACUGAUCUGUGGGAUUUCUUCUGUUUUGCAUGUUUGCCUUGAUCCUAACACAGAUUGCAAUUUAUUUCUAUGCUGAUUUAUCAUAUUUAAGACAUGUUUAUGAUUUCCUACACCAUGGGAAGAUGCAAAUUAACCCAGUAACUUUUUGCUUAGCAAGAUGUGUAGUGUGAUGUCAGGCUUUUUUCUUUUUGUUGCAGGGUUUAAUUUCAUUCAUUAUACAUUAAACUGGUUUAAGGCUUUUAGAUGAUCGAGGGAAAAACCAAAGAUGUAAAUGUGACAUGACCAUCACUGGGAAUUGUUGAGUUUCUCUCUUUCUCUCAUAUAUCAUAUAAAGGAUGGCACAACUGGUAGAAUUCCAUCAGUCUGUUUUGUUUGUUUGUUUUGAACAGUGUUAUGUCAGUCCUAAUCUCUGACAUUCAUAUUAUCCUUAUUUGUCAGCAGUUUGGUAAUUUUCUUUUUCUUCUCCUGUAUAAAUCAAAGCUCCUGAAUGUAUUCUGAAUUCUCUUAUUUCUAGCUUAACGAAAAAUAUUAGCCUACAUCAACUGAGAUUACAUUGCGAUUGCUACACCUUUACAACUUUUAAUUUGAAUGCAUAGCGUGGUGUAUCGGGGGGGCGGGGGGGGUCUGUAGCUGUGUGUUCAUUUUUCCCUGCUGCUUUUUUAUACUUUUCCUUUCCCCCAGGUGUGUUGCGUAAGCCAGAGUUCUCUGCUGUAAUGCUCAUUUUUAGCCUGCCCUGAGUGUGAUUUAAUUUUGCUCCGUUUUUACUCUAAAUUUGAUUGGAACAGUUACGGUGUGUGUGUGUGUGUGAAUUGAAUCAACUAUAAUUCAUGGAGUUAAAAGCAGAUUCAGGGACAUCGCUCACACUUUGUCAAGCCUUCCGGUUAAUUACUACAUCUUAUAAUCAAGACAAGGGUGGUAUAAUAAAUGCUUGAGUGCAGAGAUGAUUUGUUUUCUUUCUGUGUUUAAUAGCAUUGAUUUCAUUUGUCACUGGACACUGUAUGUUGGACUCUGGUAUUAAAAAUUGUUCUCACCAAAAACUGUGUCCUCAUU